CGGAGGGACUUCUCCACCAAUCAUCGUUACUCCGCGUCUGACGUCACCAGUCGUACGUUUGAACGUGCUGAGCGGUUGGAGCUUCUUAGUCCUUUUAUUCAAGUCAAGUUAGAAUAUUAAUUUGAUUUAAUCGGUUUAUUUCUGUCGCCAGCGGCGCGUGGUUCCGGCUAACUGUAGCUAGCAUCGUUAGCGCUUCCGGUGGGUUCGGGUUGGGCUGAUGGUCUGACCGGCCGGACCUCCGGGCUGAAGGAUGGUUCCGAGGUGAACCCACGCAGGGAUGAGCUCAGUGAGGCUCCACGUCAAAAUCAAACGAGUCUGCGCGAGGAAGAGGCCGCGUGACGCUCUGAAGGCUCACCUGACACCUGUCCGAGGGGGAGGAGGGGGGUCAGCGCCAUGCGCCCCCUGCAGCAGCAUCAUGGCAGAAAGUGCAGCUGUGGAGUUCUGCAGCGACAGUGAGGAUCUGUUCGGGGACUAUGACAGCAUCCUGGAGGACAGCUCCAUCCUGGCACGGCUGGACGAUGCAGAGCAGCGUGAGAGACUGCAAUCACAGCAGCUGCAGGGCUUCAGGACUCCGCCCCCUUCCACGGACGCCAUGUCCUGCUCCGCCGCCCCCCUGGGCGACGAGCUGGAAGACCUACCCCCCAGCCAGCUGCAGUUCCAGGAGCAGAUCCAGGAUCAGGCAAAGAGGAGCCGGCUGCAGGUCGCCAAGGCGACCCCGAUGCCUCCUGGCGGGGCCGCUGGGAUCGAGGAACCCGAGGGGGCCAAGAGGCGUGGCGGGGUGAGGAAGAGCAUGGCGGAGCAGCUGAAGGAGGCCAUGCUGGGGAACGCAGCGGCUCCUGCUGCUGCGCCUCGCUCCGCGGCGCUGAAGGAGGCGGUUAUUUCCAAGGAGAUCAGCGAGGCCAUGGAGGCCAUCUCUGCAGAGGCCGCUGACCUGGGGCCCUUCUUCGGCCUCCCCAGGAAAGUCAAAGAGCUGAUGCUGAGGCUGAGAGGAAUCCAGAGGUUAUACGACUGGCAGGAGACGUGUCUGAACCUGGACUGCGUUCAUCAGAGGAAGAACCUGAUCUACUCGCUUCCCACCAGUGGAGGGAAGACCCUGGUGGCAGAGAUCCUCAUCCUCAGGGAGCUGCUGUGCCGCAGGAAGGACUGCUUGUUCAUCCUGCCGUACAUCUCACUGGUGCAGGAGAAGGUGCGCGGCCUGGCCAACUUCGGCCUGGAACUAGACUUCAUGGUGGAGGAAUACGCCGGCAGCAAGGGCCGCUUUCCCCCCGUGAAGAGAAGGAGCAGGAGGUCGCUGUACGUCGCCACCAUCGAGAAGGCGCACAGCCUGGUCAACUCUCUGAUAGAAGGCGGCCGGCUGGAGGACCUGGGGCUGCUGGUGGUCGAUGAGCUCCACAUGCUGGGCGACGGCAGCAGGGGGGCGGUGAUCGAAAUGACUCUGGCCAAAGUUCUGUUCAUGAGUAAAGCCACCCAGAUCGUUGGGAUGAGCGCCACUCUGGGAAACAUCAGGGAUCUGCAGACGUUUCUGGGGGCAGAGAAUUACACCAAUGACUUCAGGCCAGUUCAGCUGAAGGAAUACGUUAAACUGAACGACACCAUCUAUGAGGUCGACCCAAAGGAGGAGAACGGCUUCAGAUUCUCCAGAACGCUCAAUUUUAAAUACUCCAGCUCCAUGCAGAAGAUGGACCCGGAUCACAUCAUCGCUCUGGUGACUGAAGUCAUCCCGCUGCAUUCCUGCUUGGUCUUCUGUCCCACCAAGAAGAACUGCGAGAACGUGGCAGGGAUGAUCUGCAAGUAUCUGAAGGAGCAGUUCCUGCAGCACCGUGAGGCGGAGAAGGCCGCCCUGCUCAGAGAGCUGAAGGACAGCGGGAACGGCUCCAUGUGUCCGGUGCUCAGGAGGACGGUGCCGUACGGCGUGGCCUACCACCACAGCGGGCUGACCUCGGAGGAGAGGAAGCUGAUCGAGGAGGCCUACUCUGGGGGGGUGCUCUGCCUCCUCACCUGCACCUCCACCCUGGCAGCAGGGAUCAACCUCCCGGCCCGAAGGGUCAUCCUGCGCUCACCGUACGUCGGCGUCGACUUCCUGAAGAGGAGUCAGUACAAGCAGAUGGUGGGGCGGGCCGGUCGGGCCGGGAUCGACACCAUCGGGGAGAGCGUCCUCAUCCUGCAGGAGAAGGACAGGAAACUGUCCGGCCUCUGGUUGCUGCAGGUGGCCUCCUCGCUGCAGCAGCUGGACGCCUUCCUGCGGCGGACGCUGCUGUUUGUGCAGCAGCAGCAGCUCUGUGCGGACAGGAGUCUGCAGGACGUGGUGCGGCAGAGCGUCCACAUCCUGAAGGAGAAGGAGCUCAUCGCCGUCACCGGGACGGACUCGGCUCUGCAGGUCACCAGACUGGGCCGGGCGGCUUAUAAAGGGUCAGUGGAUCUGGCCUACUGUGACGUUCUCUACAGAGACCUGUCCAAAGGUCUGGAGGGGCUGCUGCUCAACAGCUACCUGCACCUGGUCUACCUGGUGACCCCCUACGAGCUGGUCCCUCAGUGCAACCCGGACUGGAUGGUCUACUUCAGACAGUUCAGCCUGCUGUCUGCCUCGGAGCAGAAGAUGUCUGCUGCGGUGGGAGUCCCAGAGAGCUUCGUGGCCCGAAAAGCAGCGGGUCAGACGGUGAAGAAGAACCCGGACCUGGUGGCGGUGAAGCGGAUGUACCUGGCUCUGGUCCUGUUCUCCCUGCUGAAGGAGACCAACGUGUGGAGCGUGGCCGAGCGCUUCCAGCUGAGCCGAGGCUUCGUGCAGACCCUCCUCAGCUCCGCCUCCGCCUUCUGCUCCUGCGUCCUGCACUUCACUGAGGAGCUGGAGGAGCUGUGGCCGUUCAAAGCGCUGCUGACCGAGCUGACCCGGCGUCUGAGCUACUGCGUGACGGCCGAGCUCAUCCCCCUGAUGGAGGUGGCCGGGGUUCUGGAGUUCAGAGCAAAGCAGCUGUACGCCGCCGGCUACAAGACGCUGAGCCACCUGGCUAACGCUGACCCGGCCGUCCUCUGCAGAACAAUCCAGAACCUGUACAAGAAGCAGGCGCUCCUGAUGGUGGCCUCCGCCAAGAUGCUGCUGAAUGAGAAGGCUGCAGCUCUGCAGGAGGAGGUGGACGAUCUGCUGACACUGCCUGCUGACCUGCCGCCGCAGCGGCUUCAACCCAAAGCUGCUGAUUUUUAGGUUAUUGUGUUUUUUACUCAUUAAAACUUCUUUUUAAAAAACAUUUUCCUAAAGUGGAUCAACAGGAGCUCAGUGAUUUCUGUUCAUAUCAUCAACAUUUGAUCAGAUUUAAGCUCAGCGACCAACAGCAGGGGUGGAUUUAGGAUAUUUGGGGCCCUAGGCAAAGACCGGCAGGGGCCCCUCUGAAUGG